UCAAAUUUUAAUGAUCUAAUCUUCAACUUUACUUUUGAAUAUGACCCCAGGUGAUUUAGUUACUCAUUUAAAUGAGACAUAAGAGACACACACCACCAGGGGAAAUUACUUUAGACAUUGCAUACACAAAAACAAGUAGAAGGUGUAGAUGACAUUGGUCCUCAGAAUAUAAUGUCUUCUUACCAUGAGAUUUCAUCUGUAUAAAUGAAAUGGAUGCAGAAGACAAACUUCUACCAUUUAUGCAAUGAAGGCAGGAGAGGAGCAGUACAAUACUUUACAGGAAAGCAAAAGCAAAGUAUCAGAAUAAGACAGAUUAUCAGAUACAGGAAGCAUGAUGAUGAAGAAAAGGUUCUCCAUAUUCAGCAUUUUAAGUUUAUCACUCAACAGAAUAAGAUAUAUGUAAACUAAGAAAUAAUUGUCAUGAAGGUGAGAAAAAAGAUAAUGCACACCAAAUGCAUGACUGAAGAAAGGAAGUGCACAUACAAUACAUGACAAUAUAAGUCACUGAUAUUAAAUGAAGGGAAAAAAGAACCACUGCUGCUAGAUACAAAGGAUGACAAUGGCAGAAGGGAGAAAUCAAACCAUCAUCACAGAAUUGAUUCUCCAGGGAUUUGGGGAUUUUCAAGACCUACAGAUUGUCCUCUUCAUCUUGUUUCUAAUUAUAUACAUCCUUACAAUGACUGGAAACAUCCUCAUUGUUGGAUUAGUUGUGACAAACCACAACCUCCACACUCCUAUGUACUUUUUCCUUGCUAACCUGUCUUGCUUGGAGACCUUCUACAGUUCAACUAUCUUGCCCAAGGUCCUUGUCAGUUCCCUGACUGCAGAGAGAGCCAUUUCCAUCCCUGGCUGCAUCACACAAUUCUAUUUCUUUACUUCUCUGAUUGCUACUGAAUGCGGUCUCCUAGCUAUGAUGUCUUAUGACAGGUAUGUAGCAAUAUGUAAACCUCUGCAUUAUGGAACCCAUAUGACUGAGAAACAAUGUGUUCUCAUGGCAGCUGGCUGUUGGAUUGCUGGGUUUUUAUCAAUGUCAGUAAUGACGUAUCUGAUCACAAGGUUGACAUUUUGUGGUCCCAAUGAAAUAGAACAUUUCUUCUGUGACUUUACCCCCAUAACAAGUAUCGCUUGCAGUGAAACUCAAACAUUAGAACUGAUGAGCUUCAUAUUCUCAACCAUUUUCACCUUGCCACCCUUCUCAUUGACAGUGACCUCAUACACAUUUAUCAUCACCACCAUCCUGAGAAUCCCAUCUGCCACUGGAAGGCAAAAAGCCUUCUCCACUUGCUCAUCUCACCUUGUUGUAGUUACAAUUUAUUAUGGGACCCUAAUCUUAGUUUAUGUGUUGCCCAAGACGGAAAAUAUGAGAAAGCUAAACAAAGUCUUCUCUGUUUUUUACACCAUCCUAACACCUCUGGUCAAUCCCCUGAUAUACAGUCUCAGGAACAAGGAAGUGAAAGAGUCUCUUAGGAAAUCUAUUGGAAAGCUGCAUAAGAUCAUAGGGAAUCAAAGGCACUAAUUUUGGAUUAGGGGAGAAAUUGGUGACUUCAUCUUAGGGAUACUGAAGCCUUUAUAU